CUCCCGUGCCGCUCGCGCAGGCCGCGGCGCGACGCGCCUUCCACCGUUGCGUGUCACCGUGCUGGCGCGAGCGUGGCAGUAAUUCCGAGGCAUUCCGAGCGGCAACCACCACCACCACCACGCCACCACCACUGACGCCGCCGCAGCCGCAACCACCACCACCACCACGACGUCCGCUCCGGAAAUCCGCGUUGCUCACGAUCUUCCGCGAUCGGCUCGGGUCGCGCAUACGUCACAUCGGCGGCGGACCACCUCGUCGUCGUCUUGGCCGAGCAGCGCUGCGCCUUCCGCCGCCACGCUCUCCCGUUAGUUAGUCCGCGCUCACCCUCGCCGCGCCGUCCGUCGCGCUCUGUCAGGCGCGCCCGCUCAUCCUUGACCGGCGGAUCCGAGCAAAGGUCGCCAACAUGUUCAGCUGGCUGAAUCGCGAGGAGAACAGCAAGCAGGAUCUCUUCGAAAAUGUCACCGAGGGCCUCAAGAGGAUAUACAAGGCCAAACUGCUGCCGCUGGAGCAGUACUAUCAGUUCCACGACUUCCACUCGCCGCAGCUGGACGAUCCGGACUUCGACGCGAAACCCAUGAUCCUCCUGGUCGGCCAGUACUCCACUGGCAAGACCACGUUUAUCAAAUACCUGUUGGAGAGGGAGUUCCCCGGCAUCAGGAUCGGGCCGGAGCCCACCACGGAUCGAUUUAUCGCGGUCAUGUACGAAGAGAAGGAGGGAGUCAUUCCUGGAAACGCCUUGGUUGUGGACCCGAACAAACAGUUCAGGCCACUCUCGAAAUUCGGCAAUGCGUUCCUGAACAGAUUUCAAUGCUCGACCGUGGCUUCGCCCGUUUUGAAGGGCAUAUCUAUAGUGGACACACCCGGUAUAUUGUCCGGCGAGAAACAACGGGUCGACAGAGGCUAUGACUUCACUGGUGUUUUAGAAUGGUUCGCUGAGCGCGUAGAUAGGAUUAUCUUGUUGUUUGACGCACACAAGCUUGAUAUAUCGGAUGAAUUCCGUAGAUCUAUCGAGGCCUUACGUGGGCACGACGAUAAAAUCAGAAUUGUCCUCAAUAAGGCUGAUAUGAUAGACCAUCAGCAGCUCAUGAGAGUAUACGGUGCUUUAAUGUGGUCGUUGGGAAAGGUAUUACAAACUCCCGAAGUGGCUAGGGUUUAUAUCGGCUCGUUUUGGGAUCAGCCAUUAAGAUAUGAUGUCAAUAGAAGAUUAUUUGAAGAUGAAGAGCAAGAUUUAUUCAAAGACAUGCAGUCGCUUCCAAAAAAUGCCGCAUUAAGAAAACUCAAUGACUUAAUUAAACGAGCACGUUUAGCAAAGGUGCACGCUUACAUAAUAAGCGCUUUACGGAAAGACAUGCCCAGUAUGUUUGGCAAGGAUACCAAGAAGAAGGAAUUGAUAAAAAAUUUGGGCCAGACUUACGAUCAAAUUCAGAGGGAGCAACAGAUUUCACCGGGUGACUUUCCGGAUCUAAAGAAAAUGCAAGAGAGCUUAGCACAUCACGAGUUUAGUAAAUUUAAUCCCCUGAAGCCUAAGUUAUUGGAAGUGGUGGAUAAGAUGCUCGCUGAAGACAUCGCGAAGCUUAUGGCCAUGAUACCACAUGAAGAAGUCACCACUGUUUCGGAACCACUUAUUAAAGGAGGAGCGUUUGAAGGUGUAGAAGAUCAAGUUAGUCCAUUUGGAUAUAAAAGAGGAGAAGGAAUCGAUGCGGGUGCAGGUGAACCAGAAUGGAUUGUUAACAAGGAAAGAUAUAAAUAUGACAGCAUCUUCGAAUCGCUUGGACCACAAGAUGGGAAAAUUACGGGAGCAGCGGCCAAAUCAGAAAUGGUCAAGUCCAAAUUGCCGAACAGCGUGCUUGGAAAGAUCUGGAAGCUUUCGGACAUUAAUAAAGACGGAUUCUUAGAUUCCGACGAGUUUGCCUUAGCCAUGCAUCUAAUUAACGUGAAGCUCGAAGGAUACGAUCUACCGGCUGAGCUACCGGAACAUUUAAUACCGCCAUCGAAACGCGAUAUAUAAUAUAUAAAUUUUUUAUUGUAAUUUAUCACGUUUCGCAAAAUAACACACAUUUAGAGCCGCGAGACGGUGGGUUUAAAGCACGACUUAUUAAUCGUGCAUUUAAUGUCAGCGGUUCACAGAUUCGAGAAUUAUAAAAUUAUACUUUUGCAACCAGCUCUGUAUCAUAUUAUGUGUAUACUAUUAUUACAUUGGUAAUCAAGGCCAGGGGACAUAUAUAUUUGCAAUCUUUAAAGAGUUAUUGUGUAAUAUUGAUCAGCGAUUGACAUCCAUAAAAGAGAUAUGUGGGUAUCUUUCAAACAAUAUUUUUCCGAAAUGUAUAGAGAUUACACAUAUACAUAACUAUAUACACAUAGUAUGCGAUACUUAUACUGAUAUAAUAGUAUAUAAAGAAUUUAGAGCAUUAAUUGUUUCCUUUUAAGGCUCUUGACUAGUUAUAACGGCCAUUGGAAUCGUAAGCGAGAAAUGGCAUGUUAAAGUUUCUUGCAUGCCAUUUAUAAAUAAAGAAAAUAUGGAUGAAACAAAAAAUGGAAUCGCUUUAAAACAUUUGUAAAAAUGAUGGAACUGUUAUUUUUUUUCUCCUAACAGUCAGUAAAUAGCCGUAAAAUACAUGUAAAAUGAAGUAUAUUUAGACAGAAAAACAUACGGUUUGGUGAAAGUUGUUUUAAAAAAAUGAAAAAUAUGCUUUUACAUAUAAAAUUAAAAUAUAAUAUUAUUUUCUGUCCAUUUUUACUUGAUACGAGACAGCUAGUUUACAUUUUCAUAAUUAAAUACAUAAUAAUGAAAUGGCAUGCAAGAAAAAAUUUUGUUGUCAACAGUAAGGUCAACAGUUUUUCACAGUAAGGUCCGUUCUACAAUAUGUCGUAAGCAGUAAGAAUUAACCAAUUACAUUUGAAUAUUCUCUUCGCAUUUGAUUGCGAUUAAUCAAUUCUUACGACACCGACAUGUGACGUAUUAUAGAACGGACCUUAGUAUGAUUAGAUGAACAAGAUUCUAAUUCCUACCGCGAUAUAGUGUCGCCGCCGUUAACGUGGAAUUUUUGGCUGAAUAGUUAGGAGCCUUAAGAUAUAUCAAGUUGUUAUAUCGAUAUAAAAAUCUUGAAAUUAUAUUUAUAUUUUUGCUUUA